GAGGGAUGCCAACAAAAUCCACCGGGAAAAGAGAAGUAGAGGAGGCAAAUAAUCAGGCGCACGCGCGUUUCACUGCGUCAACGCCUCGUAGUACCGGGAGGUGUGCGUCAAUUUUUGCAUCCCACCCCCCAUAUAUACGGGGAAGCGACAGCAUUGCAACUCAUUCGUUCCUGAACAGAAACGAGACGUCAACAUGCCUGAGCCAGCGAAGUCAGCGCCCAAGAAGGGCUCCAAGAAAGCCGUCUCCAAGACUGCUGCGAAGGGAGGUAAGAAGCGCAGGAAGUCAAGGAAAGAGAGCUAUGCCAUCUACGUGUACAAAGUACUGAAACAGGUCCACCCCGAUACCGGUAUAUCGUCCAAGGCCAUGGGAAUCAUGAAUUCCUUUGUUAACGACAUUUUCGAGCGUAUCGCCGGAGAGUCUUCCCGCUUGGCCCACUACAACAAGCGUUCAACUAUCACCUCCAGGGAGAUCCAGACCGCCGUCCGCCUGCUGCUUCCCGGUGAGCUGGCUAAGCACGCCGUGUCCGAAGGUACCAAGGCUGUGACGAAGUACACCAGCUCUAAGUAAACGGGUGCUAUAUGACACCACUGUACCCCAAAGGCUCUUUUAAGAGCCACCCACACAACUUUAAAAUGCCAAUUUCCAUUUGCGCCUUUCAAGGGUAUGACAGACCAGAAGCAACUUGCUAUGGUAUCUGCGAACAGAUAUUAGUUUCCUAGCUCUUGGUCAGUACAAAUGCAUUGCCAAAUC